AUGACUGUCACAUUCAAAACAAACCGAAACAAUGGUACUUUCGAAGCCUCAAAAUGUACAAAACGACCUACAAAGUGGAUUUUCGUCGUGUCAGAACUACAUACACACCCUUUUGAAUGUAACUUUCAACAGAAAUGACCUUUUGGACUGGUUUCAAGGGUUGUGCAGUUAUUUGACCACGAUUAUCGGCCUCAUAGGCAUGUACUACAAGCAAACAAGGGAUAAGGCAGCCCCCACACAGAACACAAUACUUUUAUACCUCACUCAAGUCCUUACAUCUUUGUCACUCCUGAUUAACACUUUCGUACUUGAAGAAGAGAUUGGGCUUGUCUUAACUGAAGCCCGUAAAUGUGUCGUAAAACAAAUUAGUUGUUGUUUAGAGUCCAUUGAAGUCUCCCUUAGUUGUACCCCAGCUGUCACUGACCCCUCCGGCAACUUCGUCAAGUGGAUGGACACCGCUUUAGAACGCGUGUCCGAAAUCACCCUCCACAACGGUAAAACCAAAGCCCUAGAAACCUACACCGAAACCCGCCAAAUCUUCGAAGAAGUCCUCUCCCACGCCAUGUCCAUCGCUCAAGUCUCCCUCCCCCAAGACAGCAAAAUCAUCCGCGGCAGCUGCCAGACCGUCCUCAACACCCUCGCCUCCCUGCAAACCGAACUCGACAACCCCACCACCAACCCAUCCAUGGUCCAUCUAUUCGUGGACGCCUGCAGCCACAAGCUCUGUCACCUCGAAAAAAAAGUCAACACGGCCGUGCUCAAACUGUGCCUUAAAACAUUCUCUCAAUUCACGGCCCCCUUGGAAAAAAUACGCAACUUUUGUUUCGACGGGGAGAAGGGGGUGGGGGACGAGUUGGACUCCCUGGUGGCGGACUUUGACCUGCACGUGGACCGCAUUAUGCAGAUUGGGUUGUUCGCGGUUUCGUGUUCUAGCGACUGCGCACGUGGGGUGAAAAUCAGGAGCUGUUUGGCGAGUUUGGAGGCGCUCGAGAGCGAGUUGGUGCCGAGUUUGACGGCGGUUUUGUUGGAAAAGUCGCCGCAUAAUCGGAAUUGUGCAGAGAUUUUGAUGAGACAUUGGCUGGAUCAAGCGGUGGCUUUGCAGAAAUUGAUUUUUUUGAUUAUUGAUCCGUUCGCCUUCUCACAAGUGAUAUAUGAAGAGGCGGCCGAAAUUGUUGACGUUUUGUCCAGCACUAUUAGGAAAAGCAGUAUGAUUGAGCAGAGAGACGUCGUUUCCCUCCUUGUCGUGACAAAAGUGUUACAAUCGUUCUUAAGCCAAUCCCAAAGCGAGUUCAGCGACAAUGAGGCAAACAAAGUCAAAACAAAACUCAAAGAUUACAACGAAGUUCUCGAGGAAGUGGAAACCGCCUCAAAGUUGCUACUUUCGGGCGACAACAACGACCCCGAAAACUCCAAACGGGUUUUAAAACGUUGUAAAAUACUUUUGAUUGUUUUGAAGCGCAUUUGGGUUUGUUUCGCCGACGAUGUUUUCGAAAAAAAUAAAAGUCAAGUCGUGGAAAAGCCGGUUUUGGAACUUCCGUCGAUUGACAGCUUGCAGCUACAACCAACGGGGAAUCCCUUCCUCGACCAUAUAAUCAAUCGAGGGAAACAAAUUCUGCAAGAGCGCAGCGUUUUGUAUCGGACUCCGAUUAAAAAAAAAACUGGGUCGGCUAAGGCUAUGAAAAGUCAACAAAUUCCACUGUCUAAACUCGUCCAUUUGCGUAAACUGAGUUUCGUUAACAUAACCUCGAAUGAACCAAGUCUCGACCUGCAAAUCACCGACAUCCUCAACGAAAUGACAACCCUAUCAACAUCGCUCAAACCCAACACCACCAAAACCAUCUAAGAAAGAAAACAAUUUAAUAAGUUACAAAUUGUACCACAGCAACGUAUGAUCCUGACACUGUUCAUAAGUUUUACAUUUUCGUUUAAAUACUAGCAGUAAUAAAGAAGUUUUCCCAA